AUGGCAGCUGCUGUAGAUACACAGCUGGAAGGGCAGCACCGGGAUGCUGAUGCUUCUGCUGCGGAAGUACGGGAGAGAUGGCUGCGGCAGAAAGCUGCGCAGCGUGCGGCAGCCCUCCCUGAGCUACGGUUGUUGCAGCGGCAGCAGGACGCUGCGCGGCACGCGGCUGCACGUGUCGACCCGCAGGUGAGGGCGCAGGAACAGCUGCGUAACACUGCGCAGCAUGCCGCUGCAUGCGCUGACCCGGAGGUGAGGGCGCUCCAGCAGCUGCAGAACACAGCACAGCAUGCAGCUGCACGUGCUGACCCGGCAGUAAGGGUGCUUCAGCAGCAGCAGAACACAGCACAGCAUGCAGCUGCACGUGCCGACCCGGAGGUGAGAGUGCUCCAGCAGCAGCAGAACACAGCACAGCAUGCAGCUGCACGUGCUGACCCGGAGGUAAGGGUGCUCCAGCAGCAGCGGAACACAGCACAGCAUGCGGCUGCACGCCAGCUGCAGCAGCAGAACCAGCAGGCCGCCCCUAAGGAUACAAUCUUGGCUCGCAUGCACCGUCUCAUGCGGUUCACAGACCUCCAUCGCGACGAAGCCAUCGACCUGCCCGACUUUCUCUUGGCGCUUCCAGAGGGUCGCGUGCAGGAUCUUCCUGGCGGCCAGUUGCCGCCUGACAGGCAGGUACCAUACACAGUACAGCUGCAGUGUGCAUCGACCAUGGCUGCUGCCUUGCGCCGGCGCAUGCCCUCCCGUGUCUGUGCUGUGUGCUCGGAAGUGUGCUCGGAGGACCAGUCAGUGGUGCUGCCCUGGAUGGAGAUCCCCAACGUUGACAUUUUACGUGCCGACAUCAUGUGUACGGACGCUGUGCAGCGCUGGGGGCGUACUCUGGUGUGGCGGCGCAUGGCGCGUACAGCUCAGGGAGAUGCACCACCGCCGCCUGAUCCGGUCCUGCCUGCUCGGUAUCGUGUUAGCCGGGCUGAGCGUGCUGGUGCUGUGGAUAAUGACGGCGGCAAUGCUAGUGGGGCAGGCAGGUUUGUGGAUGAUGCGGCGGACGGAGCACUGGACGUGGAUGCUGGUGCUCAGGAGACUGGCGAUCCGGAUUUGACGACGGCUGAGCAGCAGCCCGAGCCCGAGCCCGAGCCCCAGCAGCUUCCACCGGAUCAACAGCCGCGCCCCCCGCGGGUGCUGCCCAGAGCCUGCCUGGACGACCCCGCUAGUGUGGAGGUGCCGUACUGCAUGCGUCUGGAGCCGGACCUGCCCAACCGCACUAUGCUGGUUGGCGAUGGUGCUGCAGAGCGCAUAUUCGUAUGCAACAUCUGCCACAAAGCCCUUAGCGCUCGACGAGUCCCCGAAGCUGCACUGGUGCGCCUGGACCCUGGCGAUGUGCCGCGCGUCAAUCAUCUGGGCGACCCUCUGCCGUCGCCCACUUUCUUGGAGGGGCAGCUUCUGGGCCGUGGCCACAUCGUCCAGCAGUUGCUCAUCAUGUACCUGACAGACCGACCGCCGGAUGUCUUCCCGCGUGCUGUAAAGACCCACGGCAUUGGGGUCAUUAAUCCUGACCCAAAUAUGCUGCGAGGACAGCUGCCGGCGGGGGCGUCCGACCUGGCCGGCGCUAUCACAGUUGUGUGUGUCGACCAGGUUCGCAGCCGGGCGGAGCUGCUGGAACGCGUGCGAAAGGCGCCAGGUCUACAGCACAAUGACGAGGAGGAGCUGGCUAUUGAUGAGGAUGCUCUGCAGGAGUACGAGCGCAUGGGCUGUGCUGCAGGUGUGCCGGACGAAAUCUUGCAUGCCGCCCUUGCACCGACGGAUCCGGAGGUGGCGAACAUUCUCCGCACCACCUUCCUGCACGACCGCACGGGGCCGGUGCAACCUACACCGGCGGAUCCGACCCCGAAUGCAGGACAAGACCCUGGGCCAGGGCCAUUCACCGCCAUCCUGCGUGAACCUGUCGACCAGCCAGUUGAAGUCGAUCCGGCAGCUGCCACUCUGGACGAGCUGGAGCUGAUCCUGCCACAGCCGUCGAAUGUGGGCGAUGAUGGCAGCGAAAUUGACCGCUUCCCGGGCCGAGUGGAGGACCUUCUGACUGGCCGCGCACGGCUUGCGUUUGUGGCUGGUGGCCGUGACAGCCACGUGCUGGAUGACCGUCAUCCCGCCAUCCUCACCCUUUGCUUCCCCCAGUCCUUCCCGUACGGCUUUUCUGGUCAGCGCCCCCGCGGCAUGUCUUUUCCGGCGUAUUGUCGCCACCUGCUGCACCGCGUGCCGCGGACACAAUUCGGCGGCAAUCUCAUGCUGCUGGCACGCAUGUACGACAUCUGCGUGCGCCACGAAAGCAUGGCGCAAGUGGGCAUCACCAUGAACAUGCGGCCGCAUCUUGGCGAACCAGCGGCGUGUGUGCCGCGUGAUGUAAUCCGUGCUAUGGGCACCAUACUGGCGCUGCCGUAUCGGCACUCACAGCGGCGGCAGCUGCUUGCGCAGCAGUCGCCGCUGGUUAAGGCGCUGGUGGAGGGGGCCCGCCUCAGUACUCUGCGCCUCGACCUCACAGACGCGUAUUACAACGGUGCCCGAUCCAAGAUGCGUGCAGCCGCCCUCACCAUUGGCUGGCCCCCGCUGUUCUUCACCGUAAAUCCGGCAGAUAUGCAUGCAGCCUGUGCAGUCGUGGCCUCCGGACAGGUGUUGGACUUCGAUGAUGACGGACGACCGCAACAUAUCCCGAGCACGGUGGAGAAGUGGCGGCGUGUGAAGGAUGACCCGUACAGUUGUGCCGCCCUGCUGGUGGCCACCAAGGAGGUUCUGGUGGAGGAGCUCUUCGGCUUCGCGCCGGGCGCCAUGCAGCAGACCAACCCGCGCUGCUUCUGUGGGCUCAUGUUUGAGGUGGCGGUCAAGGUGGAGCAGAGCGGCCGCCUCGCCCUGCACAUCCACGGUGUUGCGCAUGUGGCCACGUUCGCAGUCGAGCGCCUUCAGGCGCUGUUCAGUGGACCCAACUGCCGAGCGCUGGCCCUGGCAUACACCCUGUGCGCCAUGUGGUACCCCUCGCCGUACUAUGACCCUUUCACCCACGGUGCAGAACACUACAUCAUGGACAUGACCGUCGAAGAGGUCCAGCAGCAUGGCCGUGCACCUCCGCCCGUGGACAAGUCCUGCCCGCCUGCAGCAUACGAUUUUGGCAGGCUCGCCGGCUGUGCAGGUGGCGGACUCCCGCCGCCUCCCCGGCACGCUGCUUGCCGUGCGCACCACGCGGCCGUCAUUCGCAGCACGCUUACUCAUACACAUAACGACACGUGCAAGCGACACGGCUGCCGUGGCACAGAUGAUAGCUGUGGCAUGGCGUUCCCUCGUGUCCUGCGCAGCGCCUUCCAGUGGAUUGGCACCGGCGGCCUCUUCCUUCUGCCACGAUUGGGCCCGAACAUUGUACCGCACAUGCCAGCUGCAGCGCUGGCGUUUGGGUGCAACCAGCUGUUUACUCUGGCGUGCGAGGUGGAUCGCGUCUACACGGCAGAGGCAGCAGCGCAACUGGCCCGCCCUGAAGAUGAACGGGGGGACUGUGUGCCGCUGCAGCCUGCUGCUGACCGCGCCCGCGACUCUGCCUACUACAGCACGAAGUACACUGGCAAGAGCAUCAACGACAGCCAGGCGCAGCUGACAUGCAACGCUCUUACCCGAGUACAGGACUUCCUGCUGGCUGGAAGGACGCCGAAUCCGGGUGCCAGUGGGCCCACCGCCUUUGGCAACAUGUGUGCCACUGUGCAUCGCAUGACCGCUGCCGUUACGGCUGGUAUGGCGCUUGUCGCCAUGAAGCUGGACGGUCAUUCCACCUUCGAGGCGACGUUCGAGUGCGCAUACCUGCAGGUAGACGCGUUCACAGCGCUAUCUGCGGGCGCCGAGCAAUCUCCUGAGGCGGCGACCACAGCAGCAGUACUGGUGGAGGCUGAGGAGCAGGAGGGCUGCACGGUGACCAACGCCGUGCAUAACUACAUGCUGCGGGGGGAAGAACUCAGCGGCCUGGACUGCAGUGUGUACAACAUAGCCUCUAACUAUGAGGUUCGACGUGUGCCGCCAGCUCAGCACCCGCACCGAGAGCGAUUGGGUCUACAGAUCCUGGUGGCAGUUCGACGCCGCAAGCGCACUACCCCGGCCACACCCAUAACCGCCCCUGUGCCUGCCCCUGUGCCUCUGCUGACUGCAGCUCCGGCCCCUCCUCCUGAGCCACCUGCUCCUAUAGCUGCAGCGACACUCGACCAGCCAACAUCUCAGACAGCCACGGAGCUGCCCCGCCUGGUGGCCUUCCACGGCACACAUCCGCUGUACAGAACACAUGUCCACAUCCGCCUGCCGCGGCCGCGAUACGUACAGCUUGGAGGCUCUCUUCCCUGCCGGCCCCGCCCUGGCACCUCUGCUGCGGGCAUGGCGCAGUACUACGCAUUUGUCCUGGGUACUUUCAAAGCUCACCGGGGUCAGCCCAUCCCCCCUGGUCUGAGUGUAAAGGAAGCCUACGACACCUGGUGGGCAGAGCUGGGCACUACCGAGGCAGGUCGCUCGUACCAGGCGUAUGUAUCGGUGCUGCUGGACAACAUCGAAGAGGACCACGCUGGGAAAGCCCGCCGUCAGGCGGAGUACAACCAGCGGCGCCGCCAGCAGCGUGCGGCAGCGGCAGCAGCCGCGCUGCCUGAAGGUGACAGCACAAGCACUUCGGAUGGAGAUACCGAUGACGGCAUCCGCGGGCAUCUCAGGCCUGAUCCUGAAACACAGCCGCCUGCCGAGGACCAGUUGGAGCACUUCGUGUACAUCCCAGGUCAGGAGUAUCCGACGGCUGGCACCGACCUCGCCGCCGUCGCUCUUACGGACCUGUUUGACUGCACCAAUGCUGCUGGCGUGUAUGCCUAUGAUGCAGCACGGCGCUGCCGAGCCCCGGCCCUAGUGGACGGCCAUGGUGCACGCAGCAAUAGUUUCAGCCGUCGGAUCACACCAGCGGACCUGCCCCUCCUGACUGAAGCGACCAAGCGUCUGAAGCGGUAUCUCGUUGCAGCAGCAGCUGGCACUGUUGAGGCGGAUGGGGGCGCCCACACGGGACUGACGGCCACACCUGAGAUGGACACCCCUCAUGUCGAGCUGCACCGCCCCACCAGCGGACCCCUGGUCGCCAUCGUGCGCGUGCCUGGCACUCCUGAGCGGACUGAACAGGCUCGCAUGCCCCUCUAUGUGCACCUCCCCCAGCCGCCCAGCAUUGAUGACACCAUCGAGCUGUUCACGCUUGCCCCCCACCAGGCCGUGCCCUUCAUGCUCAUGGCUCGGUACUUCGAUCGCCGCGGUGAGCCCAACCCUGGCGACCCGCCGCAGAUGCUUGUGGAGGGCAAGCCCGGUACCGGAAAGAGCCAGUUCGUACAAGCGCUCCUCUGGUACACCUUCCAGCAUGGCUGCCCGCACUGGGCGGCCACCUGCGCCUACUCAUGGGCUGCUGCAACUGCCUUCAACACGCCGGUGCAUCGCAGCCUCUCUACCCACGCCAUGUUUGCCCUAUCUGCUGGCAGCAACCGAGCGGACAGCGUCAGGAAAGGCAGCGCAGCCAGCCUACAGGUGCAUCGUAAUGUCGGCGAUGGUGCGCUCAUUAUUGACGAGAUUUGCAUGAACAGCCUGGACCACCUGGGUGCGUGCAACCAGUCCUGCACUCGUCACCUGUUGCCGCCACCGCAUCUCACCGGCAACCACCCCGCCGCCACCAUCUUCAGCGGCCGUCCCAGCGCCAACACAGGCGACGAGUUCCAGCACCCAAAGCCAGGUGGGCCGCCCCUCUACCGGUACGCCGCUGCUGUGGAAUGCAACCCCCAGUUCUCACCCUCUGUCCCGACCGCACAACCUCUGCACGGAGAGGAGGACAACGAUGGCGACCCUAAUGAGGCCGCCGCUGGAUCUCAAGGCGGUCAGCAGCAACCCGAAGUAGCAGCACGCCGGCCCCGGGCCGUCCCGCAGACUCAGAGCUGCAUACUCGAGGGCUUCCGGGUUUACCGAUCCCUGGCUAAGACGGUCUUCUUGCUGGAGAAGCAGCAGCGCCAGGACAGCAGCCCCUCUGGUCGUCGCCUGACAGAGUACGCCUCUAUGUUCGGCGGUGAGCCAGCCACCGAGCAGCGCAUAGCCGAGAUGGUCGACGACCUCAACAGCCGCGCCGUUAUCGACUUGGCCGACCUGGCACACCUCGAGCCGCGCGUCGUGCUGCAGAGGAACGAACCACGCCACACACUCAACACCCGGCUCAUCAUGCUGGAGGCACAGCGCAAGAAUCAGCGCCUUGUGGUGUGGAAUGCGGACCACGUCCCUGUCCAGAAGCGCGGUGCUGCUGUGGAGCCGGCCCUAACACACGUGGAGAAAGCAGUUGCGAUGCGGAUCAAGGAUCACGAGUUUGGCCACACCACCGCCGACACGUGGUACUACCAUGGCGCCCGAUACAUCUUCCUUGAUACGACAGCUGCCGAUGCCGGGGCGAGCCACAACAACGAGGUGGAAGCCUGCGGCCUGCUUGAGGAUGGCCGCGAGCCAGCAGAUGACGGCCAUGGCCCCUACCGCCGGCUCAAGUACCUUCCAGCGGCCGUCAUUGUGCGGCCUAUAAGCGGCCACAUCCCCGGCACCGUGCUGCAGGGCCUUGGAGACUACGCCAGCAGGGGUGGUGCCUUCAUCCUGUCGCCCCGGGCGUCUUGCAUUGCCGAGGUGGAGAUGCCUGCCGCCGGGUGUGGCACCAUCACAAAGCAGAUCCGGCGCCUCAACGUACCGCUCGGCGACCGCCAGGCGGUCACCGAUUACUUCGUGCAAGGCCGCAGCUUCAAAGACGAGUGCUGGCUGGUGGAUCUCGCUGUCCCACCCAACGGCAUCAAGCGUGCCACCCUGUAUGUGCUGCUAACCCGCUUCAAGACGCUGGACCACGUCCGCCUGCUCCGGCCGCUCUACACUACACCGCACGAGCGCAAGAGGAUAAUCAAGCAGUUCCUCAGCGCGACUAACCUUGAGCCGGACCUCGCCGCCAACCUGCGCCUGCUGAAGCAGGCAGCACGUGAGACGGAGCAGCGAUAUACGGCCGAGUUUGAGCAUGCGCGACAGCUGGAAGAGCGCUGGACCUGCCCGGCCCAGGGCUAG